AUGUUCAGUCGUAAAAUAAAUGUACGGAAAAUAUUUUUUUUUCAAUUUUUUUUGUUAUAUGCAUUACGGAAUGUUGUUGCUGAAUCAAUAACAAUACCACCUCUCCAUUCAUUUGAAGACUACGAUAGCUGUUUAGCUCUUCCAUCCCCAAACAAUACAUACUGUGUUGUUUUUGCAGAAAUAAUACCAAAUGCAACAUCCACAUUAUGGAAAAAUAUUACACAGCUAUCAUCUGAUUUUAGAUAUAAUUACAGACAUGAUCAUUUAUUUUUUGGAGUUUGUUUAAAUACUUGCAUAAACAUUGUGAAAUCCUUAAACACUGACAUUGAAAAAUAUAUUACUGGUGAAAUUAAAGAUAAUGAGCUUGCGUCAUAUUAUGAUACUGUACAUAAAAAUAAUGCUGAAUUAAAGGCAAACUACAAGAAUGUGACAAAUAUUUGCCUUAAUUAUAAAUUUAUGGAAAAAUAUAACCUAAAACUUCGCACCUAUAUUGAAUAUUGUCAGAGUGGAAACUCAACUCCAUUUAGUGAUAAUGAUACAUUGGAUAUAAUAGCUUAUUACAUUUUUGGUGUUAUUUUGGUUCUUAAUAUUGCAUCAAGUAUAUAUGAUUAUGCUCUCAAAAAAAAGAAAUCUCAAACUGCUUGCACUAAAAAUUUCUAUAAAGAAGAUUUAAAUACAAAUGUUGAAAAGAUUUUGACGUCUUUUUCGUUUUUACGUAACUACCAUCGUUUGACGAGGCGCCCCAAUCCAAAUGAUUUAAUUAAAAACUUAGAAGGCUUUAAUGUAAUUCGAAUUAUUGGAGUGUAUUUAGUGAUAUCUGCUCAUGUUUACUUACUUGUACUGACAUCCCACAUGCAAAAUUCGGAAUUUAUUGAGACAAUGUUAAAACAUGCCGAAGCAAUAAUCAUACAAAAUGGAACUGCUUUCAUACAAAUAUUCUUCAUAAUCAGCGGAUUUUUGUUGAAUUUCACUUUUAACCAAAAGCAAAUGGUAACCCCGUCUACCGAUAUUAAGCAAGGAAUUGUGAUUUAUUUUAAGAUAUUCAUACUCCGCUAUAUAAGAUUUCUCCCAUCUCUGCUUUUAUAUAUACUUUUCACUGGUACAAUACUAAAUAAAUUACAAGAUGGACCUCUUUGGUUGCAUAUAGCACAGCCAGACCGUACCUUUUGUCGAGAGUAUUGGUGGAAGAACAUACUUUUUAUUAAUAAUUUCUUUAUGAAAUAUAGUUGUUCACAUCAGACUUGGUAUCUUGCAGCCGAUAUGCAACUGUUUGAAUUAUUUCUAAUAAUCACAAUAAUUACAGCAAAAUAUCCAAAUUUGAAGAAGUACAUAUACUUUGUGUUAAUUCUAUGUGCUUUUUUGAUACCAAGUUUAUUAACAUACUACUUAAACCUCGAACCAAUUUAUCACAUGUAUCCAGAAACAUACCGAUACUUGUACUUCAGAAAUAAUGAAACGUUCUACCAAACUUAUAUACCUUUCUAUACCAAUAUUAGCGGAUAUUUGUGUGGCAUUAUCUGUUCGGAUGUGUUUUUAAAAUUAGUAAAUAAUAAUAAUAAUGCUACACAGAAUUAUCACAGAAUUCUCAAGUAUAAGCUGGCCUGGUGGUCACUCAUUCCAAUGUUUUUUGUAUUAAUAUCUAUUGGAACUUUAAUGAUGGAACAAACUUUUGAGAAGCCAUCUAUUUUUGUUGCAAUUUUUGCAGGAUUAUACAAAAAUUUAUGGGUUAUCAUAUGUGGAUUAUUUGUUUUUGGCAUGUGCUUUAAAAUGGGAGGAAUUUUUCAUAAAACGUCAGUGCUUCCAUCGUCUACAGUUUUAGCGAAAAUAUCUUUCCAAGCAUAUCUAUGGCAUUUCGCCAUUCUGCAUUUAAUGGCUACUUUGUAUAGACCUCCAAUUUACAUUAGUCGGCUUAAUGUGAUAACAAUUAUUAUAUGUAGUUAUAUUUUUAGCAAUAUAGUAGCGUUUUUUAUUACAACAUGUUUCGAGUACCCGAUUAAUGGAUUUAUUAAGAUGUCUAAGCGAAGAGAUUACAAAUUUAGAAAUAAUAAUAAUAACACUUUAGAACUAAAUAGUAAAUAA